GGUCAUGGUCAUUGGGUUAACUCUCUUGCAUUGAGUACUGAAUAUGUUCUUCGUACUGGAGCCUUUGAUCACACCUGCAAGCAAUAUUCAUCUCCAGAGGAAAUGAAGAAGGUAGCCUUGGAAAGGUAUAACAAAAUGAAAGGCAAUGCCCCUGAAAGAUUGGUCUCUGGAUCUGAUGAUUUUACAAUGUUUCUAUGGGAACCUUUUGUCAGCAAACACCCGAAAACUCGCAUGACAGGUCAUCAACAGCUUGUAAACCAUGUUUACUUUUCACCUGAUGGGCAAUGGAUAGCAAGUGCCUCAUUUGAUAGGUCUGUCAAGUUAUGGAAUGGUACUACCGGAAAAUUUGUUGCAGCUUUCCGGGGCCAUGUUGGCCCUGUCUACCAGAUCAGCUGGUCCGCAGACAGCAGGCUACUUUUAAGUGGCAGCAAAGAUUCCACUCUGAAGGUUUGGGAUAUCAGGACACGGAAAUUAAAACAAGACCUUCCAGGACAUGCAGAUGAGGUUUAUGCUGUUGAUUGGAGUCCAGAUGGUGAGAAGGUAGUUUCUGGUGGCAAGGAUAGAGUUUUGAAGUUAUGGAUGGGGUAGACUAAUCGUGGUAGGCCAAAGUAUGGGCAACUACAUAAUGGAAAUGUUACAUGAUGGUGAUAAUUGAGCAUUGAAGUGUUUGGUAUGAUAUACAUACAAGUAUACUGCACGACUAAAGGGAUAUGAACAAGAAUUGGGAAUUCAAGUAUCGGUCACAAGGGUGGUUGAAAGAAAAAGCUCCUGAAUCAGCAUAAAAGUUUUUUAUCCAUUGGGGUGUAAGCUUUUCUGCGAGCUGUCUGAGGUGGAAUAGUGAGGCAGCCAAUUUACGAGUGUGGGUUCCUUUUUCUUAUUUAGAGUCACGCCGUAAAGUUUUGUUUUGUUCUUUUUUACUUUUAUUCAUUUUCCUAGUCAAAUAUCUUAUGUCAAUUUUUAGUUGGUAAUCAGGAAAUGCAUCCUUGCAACAGAUUUCCUCAUUUCUUA